GGAAGUUUAAAGGAAAGGGAGGUUGUUCUCGACGCCGGUCCACCGUAUCUCCUCGCUGUCGCACACGAUGGCCACGCAUACAGCAGCGUCGGGAUCCACACCUAGCUUUUCCAAUCUCUCGAUAUCAUCGUACAAUGAUUCGAAUAGCAUUGAUCUGACCCUCGACGACCACAACGAUGUUGAAUCUCCCGCGCAAUCUCCAGUUCUUUUUCAUCCUGCAGCGAGGCAGUCCAAGCGCCCGAGGACAGAUUACCAUGAUGAGACUCAACAGCAAGGCUUUCCUUAUAAUCCAAACCAAUACAUGCCUCCAUCGCCUGUUCCAAUGUCUACUCGCUUGCCCAGAAUUCCCCUCCAGAGCCAGCAACAAUCAACUUCAGCAUCUUUGCCAUUUCGUCCACAUCUAUCACUUUCAAAUUAUUCAUCAUCCAGCCAUUUGCCAAGCAACUACAGACCAAUGUUCGCUGGUAUCCCACCCUCGCCCUCCCCUUACAAAUCCCCCAACGAGCAUUCUUUCGCAAAUAAUACCUCGCGUUCCUUGUCGGUACCCGUCUCUGGGCGUCCUCAUCCCCCCGCGCCACCGUCUCACCAAGUCAUAGAUCUCACAGGCUCUCCUUCACCGCCCCCACAUUCAUCUCAGUCACUACUCAGUGAUUUACCUCCUAAGACUCCCGUCUGCAUCGGCCAGCUUACUGUAACUGCACUAGUCUUAUAUCCUGUCCCCUACUUGCGGCAACAGGAUCCAACCUUGUCUGAACCUGAAUGGGCCAGUGUUCGUUUGCAAUACGAGCACAACCCAAACAAGCCAGAUUCAAACGACACCAUCCACAUCAAGGCUCCUCAUGGCAGGGGGGCUAAUGGAGAGUUAAUAUCCGGGGAUGGUUUCGCCGUCGUCGAGCAAAAAGUGGCUACUUCUCUGGGUCCUAUGCUAGGCAAGGGUCUCAUCCGAUUAGACGCGAAAGUGAGAAGAGGAAUGCCUAACUUACCUAUACUACCUUUACAAAUGCUCGUCUAUACCCCUAAAGGGAACAUACCUGUUGUGGGUAAAUAUCUCCACGAGUGCGGCCUUCUCCUUGACCAUCCUUCCCCGCCCUACGAUGUCCAGCGCCUUGCAAACUAUCAUUACUGUAAUCCACAUAGUCCGCCACUAGGGGGACACCGCUCGCUAUUGGGGGUUAAUCGGCCUGUUAAUUCCGCCCCAGGGGGCAGCCGUUGGAGUACACCGACGGUGGCGGGCAAGACACUAGAAGUUCAAAGGAGCCAGGUAGACGAACUCUUUAAGAGCCUGAAGAGUGGUGAUGAGCUUGCCGAGACAGAACCUUCCCCCGGAGUUGGUACAUCACUUUACCCCCACCAGAAGAAAGCCCUGACAUUCCUGCUUGAGCGAGAGAAGGAGAGGAUAGGCCCAGACGGUCGAUAUUCAUCUAUGUGGCAACCUAGGGCGAACCCACAUUCAAGGCAGGUAUCCUGGUUUCAUCUCGUUACUCAGAAAGAGGUUUUUCAGGAACCGCAAGAGAGUAAAGGCGCUAUUCUUGCCGACGAUAUGGGCCUUGGGAAGACUAUCACGUGUGUUUCCUUAAUCGCGGCGACGCUCGAAUCUGCACGGGCUUUUGCUUCCCAUCCAUUGGAUCGUCCUCUCAUACCUUCGGACCGGGGUGUUUGCAAUCAUUCGCUCCCAACUUCUCAUUUUGCGGGUGCCGUUUGGGGCAUGUCAGAAACGUUAGAUUUGUCUUCAGGUUCCAAGGGCAACGCGAAGGUAACGAAAGCUCAAGAUAAACUGGAGGCAGAAUACACCAGAGCAUGUCGGAUCAAGGUUAAGAGCCGCGCUACACUUAUAAUUUGCCCUCUCUCCACCGUCUCGAAUUGGGAAGAUCAGUUCAGAGAACAUUGGCGGGGAGAUGUCAUGGUUGUAGGUGGUGGCGGUGUCAGUUGUCUGUCUGCAACCGCUUGUCAGCCACUCACUUCUCCACCGCCGCCAUCUUCUUUUCCCUCAUUUACGAUUGAUACGAAACCGGAUAUAAAAGCCUCCUCUGGGCGCAAACAAGAAGGUAUACCUCUUCGUGUGUACGUUUAUCAUGGCAAUGCUCGUCGGCCUGAUCCUAGUUUUCUUGCGGAUUUUGAUGCUGUCAUCACGACUUAUGCUACUUUGGCAUCUGAAUACUCGAAGCAAAGUAAGAGCAUAACCAGCGUCGAGGCUGAUGAUGAGGAAGAUGACGGAAGUAGCGACGGUGGCGGCAUCGAUAUUGACGAGCGCGGUAAUCAGGUCUUAAGGUUGCCGAAGCCGAAAAGAGCUGGGAUGAAGAGAAAGAAAUCUGGCGCAUCGUUGGGAGGCGCGGGUGAAGCCACGAGUGCUUUACAGACCGUUCAUUGGUUUAGAGUUGUGUUGGACGAAGCUCAUUCAAUAAAGGAGACGGGUACCGUCGGUAGCCGAGCAUCGUGUGACUUAAUGGCCGAUCGUCGUCUCUGCCUAACUGGUACGCCGGUGCAGAAUAAGCUUGACGACGUUUUCGCUCUGAUCAAAUUUUUGCGGUUGGAGCCAUUCGACGAUAAAAACACGUGGACGGAAUUUAUUGGUACCCCAGUCAAAUAUGGACAACCUUUAGGUGUAGCCCGAUUGCAGACAAUCAUGAAAUGCAUCACUCUACGUCGGACAAAGGAGACAACAGCUCAGGAUGGCAAGCGCAUACUUUCCCUUCCUCCGCGUCGGGACGAGCUGCGAUAUCUCAGGUUUGACGAACAAGAGAAAGAAAUAUAUGACCACUUCUUUUCCGAGUCCAAAGCCGAGUUUAAUGAGUUGUCAAACAAGAACGAAGUGAUGAAGAACUACGUCGGUAUACUGCAGAAGAUUUUGCGCCUUCGCCAAAUUUGCGAUCAUUUCGAGCUCGUGCAAGGGAAAGGUUUAGGCGGGUCCCAGCAAGAUAUAACCAGCUACGAUGAUAUCGUUGCUGCUAUCGAAAAGGAGGGGAUUGAUGUGAGGCGUGCAUCGGCAAUUUUCGCGCUUCUUCGAGAGGCAGCUACUACACAGUGCGUGGAAUGCGGUGCCGAGUUGUGCUCACCACCAGACAUUCAACAGAUGGAUGGUAUGGGGGCGAUGGAUUGCGACGGCCCGUCGGUCCCUAAGAGGGGCAGGAAAGCUAAAAAUCAAUCUCGCGGACCAACGCGAGCCAACAGCCCUUCUGGACCACAGUUAAUUAUGACUCGGUGUCAACAUCUUUUCUGCCUUUCCUGCUACCGUCAGUGCGUCUGUCCGGGAUGGCCGAAUGUGUCACAGGACACGCUACGAUCAUGUUCAGCAUGUCAGACGGGCCUACGACCUAGGGAUGCGGUGGAGGUUAAACCAGAUAGUCCAGGUUUAGAUUCUGCGCCUAAGAAGAGAAGUGUGAAGCGAGAGAAGAGAACAAAAGGUGUCAAUUUGGAAAACUUCCACCCAUCAACCAAAGUCAAAUCGCUACUUGGAGACUUGAUACAAUUUUCCAAGGCAAACCCCUAUUCUGCUAAUUACGACCCUGCUUCCAUCGAAGUGCAAAUGGUAGACGAUCAAGGCAAUCGGCUAGAUGAUGGCAUUGUCAAAACAGUGGUCUUCUCGCAAUGGACAUCAAUGUUGGAUAAGGUUGAAGAUGCUCUCGAGGUUGCUGGAAUACGUUAUGACAGAUUGGAUGGUACCAUGAAGCGCGACGAACGUACCCGAGCGAUGGAGGCCUUGAAGCAUGAGCCUGGUUGCGAAGUCCUCCUUGUUAGUUUAAAGGCUGGUGGAGUGGGUCUCAAUCUUACAGCAGCACAGCGGGUAUAUUUGAUGGACCCUUACUGGAAUCCUGCAGUGGAGAAUCAGGCUGUGGAUCGAAUUCAUCGUCUAGGACAGACAAGACCCGUCACUACAGUCAAGUUGAUUAUUGAAAAUUCAAUCGAGGCUCGACUCCUUGAAGUGCAGCGGAAGAAGACUGAGUUAGCGAAUAUGACUCUUGGCCAGAACUUCAGCAAAGCGGAUAUGUUGCAUCGUAGAAUGGAGGAGUUGAACCAAUUGUUUGGGACAUGACUCUGUAGAAUUUCUGUUUUGCGUAUUUUUCUUGGGUUUUUGUUUUUGACUCUGUUAUCUUUUUACUUAAUAAUGAUAUACAUGUAAAGCAUUAGAAUGCAAAAUGAGCUGCAUUUUUGCGCCUACCCAUUGCAUAAACUGCGAUCUGGCUUACAAAUAACCCUACGGUUACACCGAUUGCCACUUGUAUCAUACGGAUUGCCAGGGAAAACCCACUAGAGUACGAUUGAGAGGAAGUUUCAGUCGCAGUGGUUAGACCGCCACCUUGAGCGAUUCCAGACUACGAAGAGUUAGAAAUGACGAGAUGACGCUUCAGUAGUAGCAUAUUACCGGAACUAGAAACAGUACUCCUGUGACCAUCGAAGUAAAUGCGGUUCCGCGAACGAUCCUAGAAUACAUGUUACCAAGUACGCCAAUAACCAAGGCACCUGCAGCUGACACAAUGUCACCCCGGCCAGGUAAAACAGAGUUUGCAAAUUUGUUGGCGACGAAGGCACAACAAGAGAAAACUACCAUGACAAAUAGUUGUACGCUGCGGUAUGACUGAAGGUUGGAGAGUGAAGAGCAGGUGGAGUAGAUGGGCACCAGGAAAAAU